UUUUCUUACUCAAAGCAUAAAAAUGGAGGUAACUGUGUUCAGCCCUGCCUUGGAAGGAAUUCAGCAUGUCAAAUCUGAUGCCGGGGAGAUUUUGACCAAGCCUUUCUUGGAAGCGUGCAAACAUAUUCUGCCUGUUAUUGACAAGUUUGGAGCUUCUAUGGCACUUGUUAAAACUGACAUUGGAGGCAACAUAUCGAGAUUGGAGUCCAAGUAUGCUAGCAACCCACCUGCAUUCAACUACUUGUAUAACUUGGUGAAACCCGAGAUUGAAAUUAAAACUGCAAAAGGAUCGUCCAGUUGCACAAAUGGUCUUCUUUGGUUGACAAGAGCAAUAGAUUUCUUGGUAGAACUGUUUCGCAACUUACUGGAGCAUCAGGAUUGGACAAUGUCUCGUGCCUGUACAGAAGCCUAUGGCAAGACUUUGAAAAAGUGGCAUGGUUGGCUGGCCAGUUCAAGUUUCAGUGUUGCCAUGAAGCUUGCUCCUGAUCGUAAGAAGUUUAUGGAAGUUAUAUCAGGCACUGGCAAUGUUGAAGCCGACAUAGAGAAAUUUUGUACAAGUUUUUCACCUCUCCUCCAAGAGAUUCACAAGUUUCUGGCUAGUGUUGGCAUGGACGAUCUCAAGGCUUCAUGAGAGGCUGGUUAUUGCUGAAAAUGAAGAUGAACUCUUCGCCUUUAUAUUGUGACAUCCUCUAUGCGCUUAUAUGAUGGCUUAUUUGAGAUCCCUUUGACAUCCCUAAAUUGAGACAUAAUCGUUAGACUUUUGAUCUUAUUUUCUUUGAUUUGGUAAUCCUAUGUUUCUAUUUUUAUGUGCUUUUGUUGUGUGUCGAAUCACAACUGGGCUCUUCAGAAUGAUCACAUUUUAUGUUCUAACGGGAAUUUGAAUCUUGUAAAAUCCUCUUUAAAUACCUUCGAGUCUGAUUGUUCUAAUAUUGGAAACAAUGGAAAGUUAUCUUUAUUAUGAUCAUUCUGACCGUAUACACUAUUAUCCAUAUAUAUAUAUAUAUUCAUUUCCCUA